UACUACAGAGCAAUAGUUACUAUAGGCUUGAAUAAGAUGAUUCUUGCAUUUCUUUGUCUGCUGGCAGUUGCUUCUGCUAGAGGCAGUAGUUCCUCUUCAUCAGAUAAAAGUAUGGAGGUUCGAAUUCCUCCUGACUUGGACAGAGGAAGCAAAAUAAAAGAAGCAAGUAACAAGUUCAAUACUUUUGGUGAAGACCCAGAGAAUUUUGAAGACCUCGUAUUCAUUGAAGACGAUAUACUUGUGACCAAAGAGGAAGCUGCUAUAUACAAAAAGAGUGGCUGGAAUGGGCUGAUAAAGUCAAAUGCUUGGAACCCAGACUUGGCAACAAGAUGGAGCAAGACGAUUCCCCAUAAAAUAUCCGUACAAAUUGUGGAUGAUGCUAAUUUUGAAGGAACAAAAAUUGAAGCAAACUUAAAAGCAGUCAUACAAGAUUUUGAAAAGCAAACAUGUGUCAGGUUUCCUGCAAAGAAAGAUACAGAUAAGCAAUACUUAAGUUUUAAGAGAAGUGCUAUGGGAUGUUACAGCUAUAAUGGAAAACCAAAAAGUGGUCGCAGAUCAAUUUAUCUCAACUUUGAAUGCAGUGGAACAGAGGAAAGAAAGGGAGAGGCAGCACAUCAAAUACUGCAUGCUAUGGGACGAUACCAUGAGAACAAUCGACCUGAUAGAGAUGAUUUUAUCAGCAUUGCUAGUGAUAAUACAUGUCCUUCCAGCUUUGAAAAGCAUUCUGAUGCCUUAACCUACCACAUUGGAUAUGAUUACUACUCUAUUAUGCAUCACAAUCCAAGGCAAUGCUCUGCUUGCAGCAUAGGACGGUCUUCUUUCACUAUCCUUAAAACUGGGAUCACUUACAAUUCAGUUGGACAAAGAAAAGCACUAUCAAAAUCAGAUAUUGCACAUGUCAAAGCAGUCUUUUGUCCAAGUAUGAUGAUGAGACUGGUAGGUGGUGAAGGAUCAUAUGAGGGACGUCUUGAAGUUAACGACGAUGAAGUCUGGGCCUCUGUCUGCUCCAGUAGCUUUAAUACAAAUGAAGCUAGUGUUGUGUGCAGAUAUCUCGGUCAUCCUAAUGUGCAAGAUGUGUACAGUGCAGAAGAAAUGCCUGCAAGAUUUGCAGUCAGCCAAAGAACUGCAGUUUGGUCAAAGGAAUUUGAAUGCACAGGAGAUGAAGUAAAUCCGUUUACUUGCACAAAGAAUAAAGUGAAAUCUGCCUCAAAAUGCAAUGAUGUGGCCAUUAGGUGUUUCAAGGCUGCUCGUUUCAUUGAUGAGAAUGAUGACAGUGGACGUCUGGAGGUGUUCCAUGAAGAAAAAUGGGACUCAGUAUGCAGUCACAACUUUGGUCGAAAGGAGGCAAAUGUAGCUUGUCGUAUGAUGGGUUACUCUAGUGCUGUAGAAGCUUACACUGACAGAUACAAUGAUGCAGCUCAUAGUGAAUCCAGAUCACAGUUCACAUGCAAGGGAGACGAGAACCACCUCUCAGACUGCGAGUACACUCAUGAUUGUCCAGGCGGUGGUAGUGUGUUUUUGAAAUGCACCAAUUGAACAAGAUUAAAUCACUGUUAAAAACACUUGUAAAAAGCUGUAGUGUAACUCAUCAACUAUUAGUUUCUUAGGUAUUAUAGAGUAUUUGUCUUGGCCUCUUUAUUAUUUAAAUUAUAAUAAUAGUGAAACAAAUUAUUAUUGCUUGUGUGAGUUGUGUCCAAACCACUUUCAUACGUA